AUGGUAGCCACGAACUUAUUCAGUAAAGACAAUGCAGACAGGGUAAUGGCUAAAGAAACAGAAAAUGAUCAAGCUUUUGAAUUUCUUCGUAUUCUACCAAAAUGUGGUCCUCGUGCAUUUGAAACAUUUGUUGAAGUGUUGAGAAAACACAAUAAGAUAGAACUUGCAGAUAAGUUAGCGGACAAAGCGACUGCAUACAGUAGUAAAAACCAAAUAGCAAACUUCUACAUCAAUUACAUGAGCCAGAUACAACGUCUUCCUUGGGACACCGACGACACAAUGCACUUAGAUGACGUCUAUGUUAACCUGCAGUGGGUACAAGAGGAAAGGAAACCAGCAGGUACCAGUUCUGUUCCAAUCCAUAGCUAUACAUCAAUAUUAGAUACUAAACAAGGGAAGACACCAAAGAGAAUAUUGGUCAGAGGAAAAGCAGGCAUCGGCAAAACCACAUUUACACAGAAGAUGGCAACAGACUGGGCAAAUGCCACACUGGGUUUAGGAGAAUGUGAUGAAGUCCUUUUAAGAUAUAAACAUGUUUUAAUAAUAAAUCUACGCAGCAUUCAGCCUGGUCAAACAUUAAAGGAAGCAAUGGAAACACAAAUCUCUUGUCCUGCAGAAAAUAGGAAAGCAGUGACAGAUGAAGUCAUGCAAGCUCUAGACUAUGAUAGUGACCAUGUUCUCUUGGCCUUUGAUGGUUAUGAUGAAUAUGAUAUCAACACUUCCACAGAAAUCACAGACAUCAUUUACCGAAGACGAUAUCAGGAUGUGUGCACCGUCAUCACAACACGUCCGUGGAAGGCAGAAGAACUGAUGAACAGACGAAUAAUGGACGGUGCAUAUGAAAUCACUGGGCUAACAAAUGGCAACAUAGCUGAAUAUGUUGCUAAAUUCUUUAAUGAUCAUAAGACAUAUUAUAAGUACCUGGCACUGAGGUCAGAUUGGAAAUCCUUUAUCAAAAGUCUGGGUGUAUUGAAUUCAAUAGGGAAGGGUCUAGUGGGUUACCUAGAAGAAAAAAAACUGAUGUCCCUGGUGAAGAUCCCAAUAAUUUUACUGUUCAUUUGUCUUAUGUGGCAAGAAGAUCAAGAAAGUGAUGCCCAGACAGAUUCACUCCCAGCUUCAUACACACUGCUAUACAAGAAACUAAUACAGUUGCUUUUAAGACGAAGAUACGGCAUCAGGACACAGGUUGAAAUGGAACAGUCUGCAUGCGUUAAAAAUCUUGAAGAACAAACAUUUAUCAGCCUUAGCAAGCUGGCUUACGAUGGACUGGUGAAACCAGAUGGGUGUCUUAUAUUUGAUGAAAAGGACCUGCAGACGAUUCCAGAUGUCAACGAAUUGUACAUUUUAGGUCUACUUAGCAAGUGUAAGGUUUACAGUAACCUUGAUGUUAAACACGAGGUAACUUUUCCACACAAAACAAUUCAGGAGUUUUUUGCGGCAAAAUACCUGGCGAGGAAAUUAGACCAAAAUGAUAGUAAAAUUUUAGAUAAGUUAUUGGAAAACUUAGACACCACUGACAAACUCUAUGACAUGAGCUUUGUGCUGCGCUUUUUGUGUGGGUUAUCUAGGAGAGCAACUACCAAAGUGCUACAUAGAGCGAAAUCCCUACUUGUGAGACAAAGCAUUGAAGCUAUUGGCCUUUUUUCGGUCAAACGCGUAUAUAGCAGAUACAGCCAGUGGUGUAAAGAUCUCCUCCUAGAACACUGGUAUGCCCACUGUCCCCAGGAAACAGUGCUGUCCCCUGAGUUGUUCUCCUGGCACACAGAACUUCACAUACACGGAUCAUUUGAUCACUCUGAUCCCAGAUUCCAGCAGGUCUUGCAGGACAGACUGCCGGGUGAUCCCACAGAUGCAGCACUUGAGGUACUUUAA